AAUUUUGAGAUUUUCUUGCUCUUCUCUCUGUAUAAUUCCGUUUCUUUGAUCCAUUUUAAUGAUGUUUAUGUAAGGAAUAGUGAAAGACUAUUCUCAAGUGAUGGGGUGUUUGAUUUUUCUUUUUUAAUUUUUUUUUGUGGUGUAUUUUUUUCUAGAUUUUUAAGAUUUUGGUAUCUGCAGGAUUUCAUUUUGGUCCAUUUUGAUGAUGUUUAGUGAAAGAUUGUAUUUUUAAGUGAUGGGGUGUUUGGUUAAGUGAUGGGGUGUUUGGUUUUUUGUUGUUUUGUUUUUGCCAGAGUUGUAAGAUUUUGUUCUUGGAAAAUGCAGGAAGGUGUUUUAAAGAAGGAUCAGUUUUGAAAUGGUAGGUGGUAUUGAAGAACCAUUUAGGCUUAGUUUUUAGGUUUCUUCGGGUUCAAAAGCUAAUGUACUUAAUCAACAUAAAAGCACUGAAGAACAACCAAUAGCAAGAAAGGUUGUCGCUUCUCGUGCUUCCUGUACAGAGAAAGUUAGCCAUAGAUUAUAUCAAAAUGUAAACAGGUAUAUAUCGUGGAGAAAUUUUGAGCUUUAACUCCAUAUUGUGUUCAUAAACAUAUAUCUUAGACAUAUUUUUGUUGUACAGGGAUAAGGAGAGUGUAAAUUCAUGUAAACCAGGUGUGAAACAGAAUGGAUCUAGUUUCUGUUUCAAAACUGAAGAGCGGGCCCAGAAAAGGAAAGAGGCAAGGAUCAAUUUCUUGUGUCUUAUAAAACGUCGUAUAAAACCUAAAAGAAGUUUUUGAUAUUGAUUUCAGUUCUUUAUGAAGAUUGAGGAGAAAGUGCAUGCCAAAGAGGAAGAAACACGUCAGCUCCAAGCAAGAACCCAGGAAAAGAAAGAAGCAGAGAUCAAAUAGCUAUGGAGAAAUCUCAAUUUCAAAGCAAAUCCCAUGCCCGCCUUCUACCGUGAACCUGACCACCGCUCAGAAAAAAUCAAGGUUUCUUCGAGUUCAAAAGCUAAUGUACUUAAUCAACAUAAAAGUUCUUUAUGAAGCUAGAGGAGAAAGUGCAUACCAAAGAGGAAGAAACACGUCAGCUCCAAGCGAGAAAACAGGAAAAGAAAGAAUCAGAGAUCAAACAGCUACGGAGAAAUCUCAAUUUCAAAGCAACUCCCAUGCCUGCCUUUUACCGUGAACAUGGCCGCCGCUCAGAAAAAAACAAGGAUGGACAGAGCUGGGAGGAGG